ACACGUGAAUCUAGUAGUACCGGUAGUUGUUUUCGUGUUGUUUAGUCAUUAGAUUGUAGUCGUCUGAGACAGCAGCAGCUGGAAACGAUGACAGUCACCGAGCUAAAGAAGCGGAAUAGCAGUGGUCAAAGUUCAGAUAAUGGGGAAGUUAACCGUGUUGAACUGAAAAGGACGAUAACUUUGUUGAAUGGGGUCGGGAUCAUAGUAGGGUCCAUAAUUGGAUCCGGUAUUUUCGUGUCCCCUAAAGGUGUUCUGGAUGGAUCAGGGUCGGUUGGUACCGCCAUCCUGGUGUGGCUGGCUUGUGGUCUCCUCUCACUGAUUGGUGCCCUGUGUUACGCCGAGCUGGGAACCACAAUCACACGCUCCGGUGGAGACUACGCGUACAUUCUGGAAGCGUUUGGGCCGUGCCUUGCCUUCUUGCAACUCUGGGUGAAUCUGAUAAUUAUCCGCCCAACAGCGCAGGCCAUAGUUGCGCUGACAUUUGCCUACUACGCGCUGCAGCCAUUUUUCCCGUCAUGUGACCCACCAGAGGCCGCCUCCAGACUCCUGGCAGCACUGUGUAUAAGUAUCUUGACGUUUAUCAAUAUCGUAAGUGUGAAAGCUGCAACAAAGAUUCAAGACUCGUUUACUAUCGCUAAACUGUUGGCCCUAUUGCUGAUCAUUAUAACGGGGCUCGUUAUGAUUUGCAAAGGUGAACAUGAGUACCUGGUGAAUGCGUUUGAGCCCAUGGACGGCGCCAAGCCGGGAGUCGGAUCUGUGUCCCUGGCCUUCUACAGUGGCCUCUUUGCCUAUGCUGGAUGGAAUUUCCUCAACUUUGUAACAGAGGAGCUGAUUGAUCCAUACAGAAACUUGCCGCGAGCCAUCUAUAUCUCCAUCCCCAUCGUGACGUUUGUGUAUGUGUUCGCUAAUGUGGCAUACUUCACCCUCGUAUCACCAAGGGAAAUGAUGUUAUCUAACGCAGUGGCUGUGACAUUUGCAGAAAAAGUUUACGGGGUUAUGGCUUGGAUCAUACCAGUGUUUGUUUCCCUCUCUACUUUUGGAGGUGUGAACGGUCUCCUUUUCACAUCCGGACGAUUGUUCUUUGUGGGAGCAAGACAAGGUCACUUGCCCCAGCUGAUGUCGAUGAUCAACACGAAGCACUUCACACCCAUGCCUGCAAUGCUCUUCACUGGCGGCCUAUCAAUGUUGAUGCUGAUCUCCAAUGACAUGUACGCCCUUAUCAACUACAUGAGCUUCGUACAGUGGCUGUCUGUGGGCAUGUCGGUUGUUGGGCUGCUGUAUCUGCGUUGGAAGGAACCUAACAGGGACCGCCCUAUCAAGUUCAACAUCGCCAUACCAGUGGCCUUCCUGAUAGCAGUAAUAUUCCUGCUUAUCGUGCCCCUGUUUGCGGCCCCUAAGGACACGGGCAUGGGGCUUCUGCUGGUCCUGACGGGUCUGCCUGUCUACCUGAUAGGGGUCUGUUGGAAGAGCAAGCCACGGGCAUUCACAGAGUUUGUUGAUUCCCUCACAAGAACUAGCCAGAAAGUGUGCAUGGUCAUGUCUGAAGAACAUGGGAAAAAUUGAAAGAACAUGUGUCAAGUUGAACACACCUAACAAAUCUUUCAGCGUCGGCAUGACAACAAUAUGACAGGAAAUGCACAAUCACAAGAAAAGGGAUGCUGUUGGGAAGAAUAGGCGCUUUUAUGGGUCAAAGUAGUUGCCAUUUUGGGGAUUUCUGAAAUUGUUGGUCUGUCAGUGUGUGACUAAACGUGAAUGUCCCAGACACGUUCGCAUCAAUUUCUCUACCACCAAUGCAUAUAAUAUCUAUAGAAACAAACUGUGUGAAGUUAGUUUUUAGUCAUCAUAUAUUAUUUCAAACUGAACCCAUAAUAUAAAAUUUGAGUAGAAUAUGAAGCAAAAAUGGAAAUUGGAUAGAUCUAUCACAUGCUUUUUGGCUUGGGUUGAAAAACAUUCAUGUUGUGUUUUUUUUCUUUGUUCAAAUCAUGGAUUUUAUUUUUAGACUUUAUUCCACAAUUCUUUCAACUUACAUACAUACAAAUGUCAACUGUUGAUUUGAGGAGACCAUAUUUUAUGCUAUCAACAAAACACUUUUUAUCAAAAUGUAUUAACUUCCACUUAUGAGUGUGUAUUUAAAUAAACCUCAAAAAAUGUAUUACCGGUACAAAUCAGACUUUUAAUUUUCAAAACAUGUUUGUAAAAUAUUUAUUUAUUAUACCGAAGUUUAGGGGGGUAUAUAGGAGUGAGCUUGUCUGUCGGUCGGUCCGUGUCCGCUCUCUAAUUCAAGAAGUUUUCAUCCGAUCUUCACCAAACUUGGUCAGAAGUUGUAUCUAGAGAUGAUAUCUAGGCCAAGUUCGAAAAUGGGCCUUGUCUGGUCAAAAACUAGGCACGGGGUCACUUAGUGCGUUUUAAACACUCAGCAUGUUGUCCACUAUCUAAUUCAAGUAGUUUUCAUCAGAGCUUCACCAAACUUGGUCAGAAGUUGUAUCUAGAUGAUAUCUAGGCCAAGUUCGAACAUGGGUAAUGGCAGGUCAAAAACUAGGUCAAGGGGUCACUUAGUGCGUUUAUAACAUUGAGCAUGGUGUCCGCUCUCUAAUUCAAGUAGUUUUCAUCCGAUCUUCACCAAACUUAGUCAGAAGUUGUAUCUAGAUGAUAUCUAGGCCAAGUUUGAACAUGGGCCUUGCGGGGUCAAAAACUAGGUCACAGGGCCACUUAGAGGGUUUUAAGUAUAAAGCUGGUUGUCCGCUCUCUAAUUCAAGUAGUCUUCAUCAGAGCGUCACUAAACUUGGUCAGAAGUUGUAUCUAGAUGAUGUCUACGCCAAGUUUGAACAUGGGUCAUGGCAGGUCAAAAACUAGGUCACGGAGUCACUAAGUGCGUUUUAAACAUUGAGCAUGGUGUCCGCUCUCUUAUUCAAGUAGUUUUCAUCCGAUCUUCACCAAACUUGGUCAGAAGUUGUAUCUAGAUGAUGUCUAGGUCAAGUUCGAAUAUGGGUCAUGCCGGGUCAAAAACUAGGUCACUGGGUUACGUUUUACACAUUCAGCAUGGUGUCUGCUCUUUAAUUCAAGUAUUUUUCAUCUGAUCGUCACCACACUUGGUCAGAAAUUGUAUCUAGAUGAUAUGUAGUUCAAGUUUGAACAUGGGCCAUGCAGGGUCAAAAACCAGGUCAUGGGGUCACUUAGUACGUUUUAAACAUUGAGCAUGGUGUCUGCUUUUUUUUUAAGACAACAUGCAAAAUAUUCUGUGUCAAUGCGGCAUGUGAGGGUAUUCGUCACGUCUGUGACAAAGCUCUAGUUUAUUUUUUUGAUCACUUUUAACUGGGGAAAGUUGACAUCCUUGUUGUAUCAACAUGCUUUUUUAUGUUUUCUGAUAUUAUUGGUAUGCAUUAUCAAAUACAAUUGUUAGAUAAUAAGAUAGUAAUUUUAAAUGAUAUCUUAACAAUUCAUUUAUGUUUUUAUCACAAAAUUAAUAUGUAAAAUUAAUGUUAAUAGUUUUUAUUCCAUUGUACCAAACCUUGUGUUCAGGUCACUGUGUUCAUAUUUUUAAUUUAUCAUUGUAUAAUUGAUAAUUUUAGAAUGACUUUGUUAAAGACAAACAGUGUGAUUUAAAGUACAGACUUAUUUACAAUUUUACUUCCAAAAGAACAUUUCAUGUCAAGUGCCUAGCUGUAUUAAACAUUUUUAGCAGAAGUGCAUCUUUACAUUUUUACCUGGACCAUCAAAUGAGAUAUACAUAUUUAAUAUAAAUUUAGUUUUAUGUUGAUUUGGUAACUGUUUGUGUUAAACAAUUUUACCAGUGAUUGCACUUUUGUGUGAACAUUACGUAACAAAAUACUCAGUUAUUUUUUCAUAAAAUAUUAAGUUUUUACUGGGAAUUAAACUAUCUACUAUUGGGGUUCUUACGUGGGCAUCUGAUUAUUUUGUUGAUGCAUACAUACAUCACUGAACUUCUGCUACCCAUAUUAACUUUAUGUACACAUCCGCUCAUAGACUAGUGUCAAAAAGGCUCUGUUUCACAACCAUCAGCACCAUUUUGUCAAAGGUUUUCAUGUAUUUUCAGCCCCGAUAAGACAUGGAAAGCAAGCUGCCUCAGAGGCAUAUAAAAUAAUUGUAUCACUUCGCAUCAUAUUACAUAUACAGUUAUAAUGAAUAAGGGUCCUUGCUAUGUUAAUUCUGAUGUUUUCAAAAUUAUGUUUUCUUAAUUGAACAAAAUACAAUAAACAGCAUAAGGGCUGAUUUGUUAUAAUCUUUAUCAUACCAUGGUAUUAUGUGUGGCUAUAUUCAGUUAAACUGAGUAGUAGCAUCUCAAAACCAUCAACAUCUUCCAACCCUUGCUGAAUUUCCUUUUCAAAUGCAUUGUCCGAAAACAUUGUAUAAAACCCUGUAUUUGUUUUUGUUCUGGGGGCAUAUUAAAAUCGCACCGUCCGUUAGUUAGUCAGUUAGUCAGUCUGUUAGUUUGCCGGAUUAGUUUCAAUAAGUCUCAAUAAGUCAAGCAAUUGUCAUUAGAUCUUCACCAAACUUCAUGAAAAUGUGUAAGGCAAUAACAUCUAGGUCAAGUUCGAUAAUCGGCCAAAUCGUCCCAGACACUCUUCAGUUACGGCCCUUGAAUCAUCGAAAAAUUGUGUUUUUGCUUGUUUCCACUCAAUAACUCGAAUUUGUCAUAGGAUCUUCGCCACACUUCAUAAAAAUGUGUAAGGCAGUAAGCUCUAGGUUAAGUUCGAUAAUCGGCCAAAUUAAACCAGACUCUCUGGAGUUACGGCCCUUGAAUCAUUUCCGCUUUUCCGCUCAAUAACUCGAGCAAAUUUCAUAGGGUCUCCGCCAAACUUCAUGAAAAUGUGUAAGGUCAUAAGAUCUAGGUCAAGUUCGAUAAUCAACCAAAUUGACUCGGACACUCCUGAGUUACGGCCCUUAAAUCAUCGAAAAAUUGAGUUUUUGUCCUUAUGUUAUGAAGUUGUGCAUGUUGGAUUGUUAUUGUCCUAUAUCAAAACUGAACUUUUGUUAUGACCCCAGUAGGAUGGCAUAUAGCAGUUGCACUGUCCGUCCGUCUGUCUGUCUGUUGCACUUUUCACAGGUUUCGAAAAAUGCUCAUAACUUCUAUGGCGCUUCAGAUGUAACCUUCAUAUUUGAUAUGCAUGUGUAUAUGGACAUGGCCUUUCCAUACGCACACAAAUUAAUUUGAACUUAGGGUCCGCGUUUAGGUUUCGAAAUCUGGGUUUAUGUUUCGAAAAAGCGUUCUUUGGGGGCAUAUGUCUUCCGAUGGAGACAGGUCUUGUUUGUGUCAUUACUUUCUGUGCCAGGGUAUAUGAGUAUCUAUGAGGUCUAGAGUAAGUCAACAAAUAUCAUCAACAAGUCGGUAUAUUUGUGGCUUUAUUUAUUUUUUAACCUUUAAAAUAUUUUAGACACACAUAUGAAUCAUAAUAUUAGUAUUUUACAAUAUGCACUUGCAUUUUACUUAAGUUUCGUAGCUAACAAAUGAGAUUUUUCUUAUCAAUGUGGCAUUACAUAAUAUUUUUUAUAAAUAUAUUUAUUAUAUACAUUAUAUUUGAUUUGCAUUUAUGGCAUUUUUGGUACUAGGUAUAUUUGAAUCUCAUGUAUUUGAUUUUUUAUAAAAAAUAUGUUAAAAACAUGUGUUGGUUAUAGCCAAAAGAUAUUCAUGUCAAUACUUGACAUGCACUUUAAAUUAUGUUAUUAAAAAGUUAGAAUAACAAAGGAAUGCCAAAGUAUUGUUGUAUUCUAUAUAUGAAGCUUUACUUUGCUCAAACAACUAUAAGCUAAAAUAAAAUAAUGAUUUAAAUGUUUAGUAAACUAUAUUUUAAGACUGUUAUUUUGACAAUUUUUUGAUAUUUCACAAAGUGAGAAAUUUUGUAUUUUUGAUCAAAGUCUAGAAUUUGCCCUCAAUUUUUUAUCAGCUCAGAGCAAAACGAUGACAAUAUGUAUGGUAAACAUGUACAUGUUAAUGUAACAUGGUAUUGCAUACAGCCAUAUAAUAUUCAAUAUUAUUUAUGUUAUGUGUUCUAUUCAUACAAUGAAUAGAUGUGUUGCCUUUUACAUAAGCUCUGCUUACUGGUGUUUGAAGUUCAUUAUAUAUCACUGUUGUAGCAGCCAUAAUAUUUUUGUGGUACUUUGCCACAGUUGUGCCUGUACUUGCCUUGUUAUGUCAUAUCCCAGGAAAUGUUCUGUAUAAUUGAUAUACUGUCACAGAUGCAACAUUUUCGCGAGGAAAAAGAAAAUAGAUAUAAUUGCAUCAGGAUGGAAAAUAGAUAUAAUUGCAUCAGGAUGGAAAAUAGAUAUAAUUGCAUCAGGAUGGAAAAAAGAUAUAAUUGCAUCAGGAUGGAAAAUAGAUGUACAUGUAAUUGCAAGACUUAUACUGUAGGAAUACUGUAUACUAUAAUUAUAUACAGUAGCAACCAUUCAGAUUGUUCUGUCAUUGUAUACAUUUUCAGUUGAAUGAUUGAAAAAUCAACCAUCUGGAAUUAACCCUUUCCCACUCAGAAGCAAAGUGAAAAUGGUUAUGUGCAAACAGCAUAAAACCAGAACAGCCUGCGAGUAACUCGCAGUCUGUUCAGGUUUUAUGCUGUUUGCUGCUCAUCAGUACCGGUAUAAUAGUAUCUAAGGGUUGGAAAUGAAGCCUUUAAAACUUGAAUCAAGUACGAAAGGUCUGUAAUUAAAUUUAAGGUUCUAAGGGACUACACAUACAUAAAAAUGCAUAUCAAAAUAGUAAAGGGUUAAGUUAUUGUCUGUAGUUUUAUUUUUACUAAGCUUACCAAACUCAGACCUGGUAUGUUCCUCAACAGGGGUUAAUAUUUGAGUCGCGUUCUGAAAAAACUGGGCAUAAUGCAUGUGCAUAAAGUGUCGUCCCAGAUUAGCCUGUGCAGUCCGUACAGGCUAAUCAGGGACAACACUUUCAGCCUAAACAAGAUUUUUGGUAAGAAGGGACUUCUUUUAAACAAAAAAUACCAUACAAGCGGAAAGUGUCGUCCCUGAUUAGCCUGUGCGGACAGCCUGUGCGGCCUGCACAGGCUAAUCUGGGACAAAACUUUACGCAUAUGCAUUAAGCCAAAUUUUCUCAGAACAAGACACAUUUUUAAGUAGACCUAGAAACAUCUCAUAAUGACUGGAAGGAUAGGCACAUAAAGGUGGCAUAUGGAGAUGUUUGUUCAUAUAAUAAUCUAUUAUUUUUUAUAAUACUCAUAAUUAUAAUUUAUUAUAUUUUAUCAUAUGUUGAAGUUUUAAGUAUAUCUACAUCAUGAUCAAACACAUAUCAGUAUUGCAGAUUGUGUAAUUUAUAUAUUUAGAUUGCUAUAGCAAUUUUAAAUUAUAUGGUAACAUUUGCUGUUUGUAUGUUGUGAAAAGAACAAUAUGUACAUGUAUAUAAAAAAACAGUUAUAAAAUUAUUAUGAUUUUAAGUCUUCCUACUGUCUAUGAAGAGACUUGCUGUGCCAAUAUGUACUUGAUGUAUAAUUCUAUGGUAUAAUUCUAUGGUAUAAUUCUAUGGUUUUGAUGUAUGUGGAAGUUAUUAAUAUUGUGUUGAUAUGAGAAAAAUAAACUACGUUCAAUGUAUUCAGGUCAAAUUUAAAGAAUAGUGCAUUAAAAUGAAUACAUGUAUGUAAAAAAUCAAUUUUAUUCAGUACGCUGUUAUAGUUGUGUGCAUUUAAAGGUAUAUUUGUAUGUAUGUAUAAUAGUAAUACAGUGUUGUAGCGGUAAUUGCUAGUAAUAUUUUUAAUGGCUAUAAAUGGUUGAUUUUUAUUUACCAGAUAUUAUAAAUGGAUCUGAUUUUUUCUUGUUGUAUAUAUAUGGAAGCCUCAUGCAUUUAACAUGGUCUUUAUUUAUAAUGAUAAGAAUGUAUAUUACUAUCUAUUUUGUACAGUUAACAUAUAUUAAAAUUUCGUGCCAUUUUCAUAUAUAUUUUUUGCCCCGAAAAGACUCUCAAAAACAUUGAGAAUCAUCUGAAACUUAAUAACUGUUUACUGAAUUUAAUUCAAGAUAAAUUUCAACAACCGCAUCUUUAUUUUAUUUCUAAUGUUUCAAUACAUUUGUUGUUUUUACAAAAGACUUCAUUAUGUAGCAAUUAAAUGUAUUUUUAUCGUUUCCACACUAACACAAGUUAAUACUUUGAGGUACAUUGUUUACAGGCUGAUCAAUUUUGUCUCAAGUUGUCUAGACAUGCCUGUAUGUUUGCAGUGGGUAUUUGGUGUUGAGUGUUGCCUGAGGUGUUUGUUAAAACAAUAGAUACGUCAGGCAAUAAAACUGAUGCAUUUA